UCUUCCCGGAGCGCCUGGCUGCACGCGGCAGCUGGACGCAGGGAGGAGGGAGCAGACGGACGGGAGGCAGGAGGCCGGCUGUGCGCCCAGGAGAUCCGUUUCAUCCUCGGAGGAGCCAGGGAGGAGGUAGAGCCAUGGCAGGGAAGCCCUGGAGGAAGUCCUCCCUCCCGGGGGUGAGCAUCCGGCAGCUGGCGGAGGAGGUCCCCGAGGGCUGCAGCACGCCGGACUUCGAGCAGAAGCCCGUCACCUUGGCGCUGCAGGAGGGGAAAAACGCCGUCUUUCGGGCUGUGGUCUGCGGGGAGCCCAGGCCCGAGGUUCGCUGGCAGAGCAGCAAAGGUGACCUCAGCAAUUCCAGCAAGUUCCAGAUCUCCUCCGCCCCCGGCGGCAAGGAGCACGUGCUGCAGAUCACCAAGCUGACGGGCGAGGACUCGGGCCUGUACCGCUGCACGGCCGCGAACGCCUACGGGGAGGCCGCGUGCUCGGCGAGACUCACCGUCAUCGAAGUUGGCUUCCGGAAGAAACGGAAGAGGCAAAAGGAACCCCAGGAGGACCUCAGGAAGGAGCUGAUGGACUUCCGGAAGUUGCUGAAAAAGAGGGCCCCACCAGCCCCCGAGAAAAAGGUGGACCUUGAGCAGGUGUGGCAGCUGCUCAUGACAGCAGACCGGAAGGACUACGAGCAGAUCUGCAUGAAGUACGGCAUCGUCGACUUCCGGGGCAUGCUGCGCAAGCUGCAGGAGAUGAAGAAGGAGCAGGAGGACAAGAUGGCACAGUACAUCAACGCCAUCUCCAACUUGAGACACAUCAGGGUCACCAAGGAGGGGGUCGCAACCUUUGACCUGGAGCUGGAUCUCAAGGACUGCGAGAGCAAGAUUUACUUGUAUAAGGACGGGGAGAUGGUCCCCUAUGGCUUCGACAACCUGACCAAGCACUGCCUGCGCCGGCUGGGGAAGCGCUACCACUUCCUAAUCCAGGACCUGAGGCCCGAGGACUCCGGCAUUUACCAGGUCAAGGUGGAGGAUACCGUCGUCUUCUCCACGGAGCUGGAGGCCGGUGCCAUCCCUGCCAGAGUGGUGGUCCCGCUGGCCGAGGCUCACUGCGAGGAGCAGGGCGACGCGGUCUUCGAAUGCACCCUCUCCCGCCCCUGCCCCGGCGCCGCCUGGCAGUUCCGGCACCGGCCGCUCCAGCCCGGUGACAGAUUCGAAGUGUCUGUGUCCCCCGACGGGCUGACCCACCGGCUGGUGGUGAGGGGCGCCCGCUUCUCAGACAUGGGCCUCUAUUCACUGGGCACCGGGGUCCAUGCCUCCAGCGCCUGGCUGGUGGUGGAAGCCGGGAAGGACAAAGGCCUCCAGACCGCCGGUGCAGACGGCCAGCUGCAAGGGCAAGGGGCCCCGGCCUCGGAAGCGGAAGACUCCGGGGCCGUCGGUAGCCAGGGAGGGAAGUGCAGAGAGCAGGACCCCAGGCGGGGCUCCCUGGAGGGGGCUGAGCUGGCGUCUGGGCUCCUGGGGGUCUCCGGCCCCGACAGGGCCGGCCUGGGCAGGCUCGGACACUCCCUGAUGGAGGACGAAGGGGCAGCUCGCUCAGGCUGGGGCCCCGGGCAGGAGAGAAAGGGCUUUCUAGAGGCAGAGGGAGGCAGAGGCGCUCCUCCUGGGGACAAUCAGCCCCACAGCGAGGGAGGUGGGGCCGGAAGCCUUCAAGGGAGGCCCCGUCUGCAGGGAGAGGGCCCGGGGCCAGGGCUGGGCCUCGUGGAAGAACAGCAGCAAGGUCAUGGCAGAGACAGCGGUGGGGACACAUGCUGGGGGACAGCAGGGGGCUGGGAGGCUGGGUCCAGUGGCCCUCAGGAUGGAGGGAUGGGGAGCAUCUGGGAAGCAAGUGAGGUCAGAGAAGACGGUGGAGGUCACCUGGACAGGCACAGCCGGGCGCGACUCGGGGAUGCUCAGCCGGGACCUGGGAUGGGAAGGCGGGAAUCCCAGUCUGGUCCUGCGGGGGGGUCCUGGCCGAAAGGGGAGGAGAUGGAGACCAGUUUGCAGGGCGACAGCCUGGACGAGAUGGAGGGAGGGGACUAUCUGAGCAUGGAAAGGGGGAGAGGAGUGGCAAGGGUAGCGUGGGGCAGCAGGCCUGGCCCGGGGGCAGCUGGAAACAGCAGUGGAGCAGGAGGUCCUGGCAGCCUGGGGUUUCCCGGAGGAAGAGGUUCUAGCUCCAAGGUGGGCAUGGGCCCUGAGCCCUGGGGUCCGAGUGGGAGCAGAGGUGCUGACCAUGGGGAAGCCGGGGGCGCCUGGGGGUCAGGGGAGUGUCCAGGACAGACACCUGGAGGCCGGGACUUCCAGGAGCCAUCAAUGUCAGGCGGUAGAAAAUUCCUUUUGGGGAGCAGGGGUCCCGAGUCCAGCGAGGAGGACUCCCUGCAGGCGGCAGGUGAGCUGUGCUGGGGGGAGCCUGUAGUUGGGGGAAGGGGCCAGGAAACCGGCCCUGGAGGCCCAGGAGAGCCCAGGGGCUGGAAAGGUGGCUCACAGGAUGCAGAAGGAAGGGCCGUUCCCAGAGGGCGAGGUGGCAUGGGGGAAAGGGGUGGCCAGGAGACAGUGGGGGCCUUGGGUGGGGCAGGGGAAGGCUCCAGAAGCCUCCAGUCCUCCUGGGGCUGGGCAGCAGGUCAUAGGGGAGAAGGGGGCGCCGGCCCACCAGAGUCUGGGAGCACAGGUCCUUGGGAUGACAGGUGGUCCAGCCCCGGAGAAACCGGGGCCCACUGUGGGCCCGGAGUGCUGGGGUCCAGGGGAGGGAAAGGGGGCCCAGGCGGUACCCAGGUGGCUGGGCUGAUAGAGUCCGGUCAGGGGGCAGAUGCCGGAAGCCACGGCCUGAUUAGGUCUCCUGGCCUGGGUGCUCAGGGGCCUGGGGGCACACGAGGAGAUGCAGAAGGAUUAAGAGGUCCAGGGGUAACAGGGUCUGAACCAGACUUCUGGAAUGGGUCAGAGAGCUCCAGAGUGAAAGGAUGCAGAGGCGAGAUGGGCCAUGAGGAUGGCUUAGGGGGCCCGGGGAGAAUGGAAUCUAGGCGUGGGGGUGGCUCAGGACAGCCUAGAGGAAUAGGUCUCGAAAACCGGGCUGGUUAUAGUGACGGCUCAGGGGUGCCUGGAGAAAUGGGGUCUGGUCACGGUGCUGGUUGUAGACUUGCCUCUGGGGUACCUGUGGGAACAGAGUCUGAGGAAGGGGGUGCUUGCAGGCAGGGCUCAGGGGUGCCUGGGGGAAGGCGGUCUGGAGACAGAGACGACUGCAGUCCUGCAGGAAGGGGGUCUGGGGCAGGUGCCGGUCUUGGGGAUGGCUCAGGGGGCCCUGGCGGGGCACCCAUGGAUGAAGCCAGGAAUCGGGAUACGGGCAGAGGCCAGCGGGAAACGGGCCCUGGGGGAGGGCGCCGUUUGGAUGGUGGACCAGGGAGUCCUGGGACAGCGGGGUCUGGGGGGAGAGGCGGUCCCAAGGCCUCCAGAGCAGCGGGGACUGUCAGGGAGGGACACGUGGAAGCAGAACCAGGAGGCUCUGGAAGAACAAGGCCUUGGGGUCAGACUGGAGAUUCGGGGGCCUUCAGAGAAGGAGGCUGUGAAGAUGGCGCUGGGGGUCCAGGAGCCAUGGACUCGGGGUCUCUGAGGGGCGGGGGAGAGGUGGGCGAUGGGCGUGGGACCGGGCACCUUGGUGCCAGGGCCUCUGGAGCUGGAACUGGUCAUUGGGACGAUGCCGAGGCCCCAGGUCCUCACGCGGGGGCUGGUUCUGAGAUCCAGUGGGCCUGUGGGCCUGGCGGUGUGCUGGGAUCUGGGGCUGGGGCAGAGACUCCAGGGCCUCAGGGAACUGGGGGCAGAACGUCUUAUGGAAGAGGGUCCAGGGGCCUUGGGCCUAGGGGGACAGGGCCAGGGGGCGAGGCAGGCUUGGGCGGUGGCUCCGGAGGCAUGGGAGGAAUGGGAGCGGAAGAUGGGGCAGGUUGCAGGAAUGAUACUGGGGGUUCUGGGGAAAUGGGGUCAGCAGGUGAUGCAGGGUACAGGAAAGAUUUGGGGGCUCCUAGGGGAAUGGAUUCAGCGAGCAAGGCAGACUAUGGGAAUGGUUUAGGGGGUUCUAGGGAAAUGGGGUUGGAAGAUAAGGCAGGUUAUAGAGACGGCUUAGGGGCUCCCAGGGUAAGGGGUUCAGGGAGCAAGGCAGACUACAGGGAUGGUUUAGGGGGUUCUGGGGAAAUGGGCUCGGUUGAUAAGGCUGGUUAUAGGGAAGAUUUGGGGGCUCCUGGGGGAAGAGGUUUAGGGAGCAAGGCAGAUUAUAUGGAUGGUUUAGAAGGUUCUGGAGAAAUGGGGUCAGAAGUUAAGGCAGGUUAUAGAGAAGGUUUAGGGGCUCCUGGGGGAAGGGGUUCAGGGAGCAAAGACUAUAGGGCUAGUUUGGUGGGUUCUGGGAAAAUGGGGUCAGAAGAUAAAGCAGGUUAUAGAGAAGGGUUAGGGGCUCCCGGGGGAAGGGGCUCAGGGAGCAAGGCAGACUACGGGGAUGGUUUAGGGGGUUCUGGGAGGAUUCCAUUAGGGAGUGAGGCAGGUUAUAGGGACUCCUUGGGGGGAACUGGGGGAGUGGGGUCGGGGAGUGAGGUCAGUUACAGGGCAGGCUCAGGAGGGCCUGGGGAAAUGGAGCCAGAGGGCGAGACGGGCUGUGGAGAAGGUUCAGGGUGGUUUGGGGUACCAGGCUCACUGGCUGGGGCGGGACAUGAGGCUGGACCCAGAGGCCAAGAAGCUGCCAGGCACAGGUCAGGAUACCGGGCAGCGUCAGAAGGUGGCGUGAGCUCCGAGGAGGGGCCGGAGAGGGCCAGAGGAAAGGGGCUUGUGGAUGGGGCAGGCCCUGGACCGGGCUCUGGGGUGGCUGGCAUGCUGGGCACUGCAGGCGGCACAGCACACAGGGACAGACCCAGGGUCCCAGAGAUGCCGGAGACUCAGGGAGGGCCACAGACUCUUCCAGGUGGGUGGGGGGCCACCAGUGGUCUUAGGGGCGACGGAACCUCAGGGAUCCCCGAGGCCUUGGAGGCUGCUGGUUCCAAGGGUGGUUCUGGGAUUCCAGGGUCUUCUGGGGACAGAGGGGCUCCCCGGGGGAAGGGCAGGUCUGCAGACCAAGCAGGGAAUAGAGGGGCUUCUGGGUUACUUGAUGGUAAGGGGGCCGCGGAAGGUGAGCCCUGGGUGGGGGUGGAUGUUUUGGGGUCUAGACCUGAGCGGGACUUCUGGAGACCGGGCCCGGGAACAGCAGACAAGGGUAGAAUUCCUGGCCCGGGUGGAUUGGCUCCUCAGGGAGGCGGGGACUCAGUGCUGGGAGGCAGGAGGAUGGGAGCAGGUUCGGGGAGCUCAGCGGGGGCAGGUCAGGGCCUGGACGGCGGCUCCAUGCCCAGUGGAAGGGGCACGUCAACGCCAGGGCCUGCCGAUGGGCGAGGGGGGAGCAGCGCUCGGGCCCCAGGCCGGGAAGACCAGGGCUUUGGCCAGGGCAGCGCGGGUGCCGGGGGCCGACCCUCAGGCUCCAGGGCUGCCAGCUCCCUGCAGGGGAAAGGUGCCACUGUCAGUGGGACCCAGGAAGGGGCAGGGGGCUUUAAAGGCAGGGAGGGUCCACCAGGCCAAGAGGCAGCUGGAGAAGGUCAAGGCCCAUGGUCCCCGGAUAGCAAAGGUUCAGGUUCUGGGAGGGGCGGGUCUGGUGGUGCAGAGGACUCAGGUGACCUGGGCAAAGGGAAUUCCACUGAGUGGGGGAAUGGCCUCACCCCAAAACCUGGGGAGCGAGGACCUCGGGGAGCCUGGAAUGGCUUAGACAAUCCCUUGGGCAGAAAAGGCUCUGGAGCCAGGUCAGGAGGGGUCGAGGGCCUGAGCGCUCAGCCAGGCCAAGGACAGAGAGGAGGAAGCAGGUCCCUCGGGGAGCAGGGGUCCCUGGAGGCUGAGAAUGGCAAGGCCCAAGGUCCCAGGGCCCUAAAGGAGAACGAGGGGUGGGGACCGGAAAAGUCUGGCAGGCCAGACAGGAGGCCCGGUCCACGCCAGAGCAGGUCUCGAGCACAGUCAGGGGCUGAGGUUGGAGCAGCCGAGAGAGGGAGCGUGCACGAGGCCAGAGGCACGGGGCAGCCGCCUGCAGGGGAGACCCGAGGGUGCCCAGGGGAACCUCCAUGUGAACACCGGAGCCGGGAGCCCCCAAGUCAUCUUGGCAGCAGGAGAGGUGGCAAAGAGGGCCGGCUGGACGUCUAUGGCCAGGGCAGAGAUGCCACCCAGAGUCCCACGUCCAGAUACAAGCCUGGGACUGGCAGCUUCUCCACGGAGGCCCGAGGCCACUUCUCUCAGGGCCUGGCUGACACAGAGGUGCGGCUGGGGGAGCCGGCCACUCUCUCCUGCACCCUCACCCGUGACCUGGGACGCGGCGCCUGGUUUAAGGACGGAGUCGAGCUCACCACCCGGGACGGAGUUGUCUUUGAGCAGGAAGGUCUCGUGCACAGACUCCUCCUUGCCGGUGUGCAGGGGACCCAGGCCGGGAGGUACACCUUUGUCGCCGGCAACCAGCAGAGCGAGGCCACCCUGACCGUCCAGGAUCCGCCCACCAUUGCUCCAGACGUGACAGAGGAACUGCGAGAGCCCCUGCUGGUCAAGGCUGGGCGGCCGGUGACGGUGAAGAUACCCUUCCAGAGCCGCCUCCCCGUCCAGGCUGCCUGGAGGAAGGACGGGGCCGAGCUGGUGGGCAGCGGCAGCACCCGGGGCGCCCAGGUGGCCCUGGGGGACGGCUGGGCGCGGCUGUGCCUCCCCAGCGCUCGCAGGAAGGACCGUGGCCAGUACAGCGUGACGCUGGCCAGCCAGGGAGGCUCUGUGCAGGCCACACUCACCCUGCAGGUCACAGACAAGCCCGAGCCCCCACAAGGCCCCCUGGAGGUGCAGGAUCUUCCCGGGGCUGGUGUCUGCCUCUGCUGGCGGCCCCCCAGGGACGACGGGGGCCGGGCUGUGCAGCACUACGUGGUGGAGCGGCGACAGGCGGGCCGGAGCACCUGGCUGCAGGUGGGCGAGGCCCCGGCAGACAGCACCACCUUCACCGACACCGGCGUGGAGCGGGGCCGGAAGUACGCCUUCCGCGUUCGGGCAGUGACCUCGGAGGGGGCCGGCGAGGCCCUGGAGUCUGAGGAGGUGCUGGUGGCUCCUGAGGCUCUCCCCGGGGCCCCCUCUGCCCCGGCCGUCCUGUCGGCCUCCAGCCGGGGCAUCACGCUGACGUGGACGGCGCCGCGGGGCCCGGGCAGCGCCCACGUCCUGGGCUACCUGGUUGAGAAGCGCAAGGCGGGGAGCAGCACCUGGACGGCGGUGAACGACCGGCCCGUGCCUGACAGGAGGUGGAUGGUGGUGGACCUGCGGCCGGGCUGGCAGUAUGAGUUCCGGGUGACGGCGGUGGCUCCCUCGGGCCCUGGAGAACCUGGGCCCCCUUCGGAGGCUGUGUUUGCCCGGGACCCCAUGAGACCUCCCGGGCCCGUGCGGAAUCUCCAAGUCACAGACACGUCGAGCACCAGCGUCACCCUGAGCUGGGCCGGACCGGACGCCCAGGAUGGGGACGCCGCCCAGGGCUACGUGGUGGAGCUGUGCCGCUCAGACAGUGUCCAGUGGGUCCCGUGCCACACGGGCACCGUGCCCACCACCACCUACACGGCCAAGGGGCUUCGGCCCCACGAGGGCUACUUCGUGCGCGUGACGGCGGUUAAUGAAGGAGGCCAAGGCCAGCCCGUCGCCCUGGACACGUUGGUGCAAGCGACGCCCACUACUGUCUGUCCCAAGUUCCUCGUGGACUCCCGCACAAAGGACUCGCUGUUGGUCAAGGCUGGGGACACCGUCAGCGUGCCCGUCUCCUUCGAAGCUGCCCCCAUGCCCAGGGUGACCUGGCUGAAGGAUGGCUUGCCCUUGCCCAAAGGAAGCGUGACUACCACCAAGGACGGCCUGACACAGCUUCUGAUUCCCGUGGCCAGCGUCUCGGACAGCGGCCUCUACACCGUGGCGCUGAGGAGCCUUCAGGGGAAGGAGGUCACCCGCAGCCUCCGUGUCAGGGUGGCAGGUGAGGCGGGCCUGGCUCUGGGCGCCGGGCGCUGGCUCAGCCACCCGAGAGGCAUGGAGGUUUCCACCUGGCAGGGUCCUAGUGUCAGCCGUCUUACAAGGGCUGGGUGUGCAAGGAAGGCCCGCGUGAAGGGCCCGCGCAGAGCCGCCUGCGCGAGCCAGGUUCUGGGUGGGUGCUGGGCCAUGCUGCGCGGCUGCGAGUGCUGCAUGAGCUGCGCCGUGCAGGGCUGGCCCCGGCCCCGCGUCACCUGGUUCAAGAACGCCCAGAGCCUGGAGGGCAACCCCGCGGUGUACAGCACCGACCUGCUGGGCGUGUGCUCCCUCGUCAUCCCCAGCGUCUCCCCCGAGGACAGCGGCGAGUACACGGCCGUGGCGGAGAACACGCUGGGCCGGGCCGCCAGCUCCGCCACCCUCAUCGUCAUAGAACCCGUCUCUAGCCCUGCCUCGCCCUGGGGUGACCCUGCAUUCCUUGAAGCUUCACUCCUGCGAAACCCGCGAUGGCCCCAGGAGCCAGGCCCCAAGGACGGAGCCCCAGGAAGACAGGCGUGAGGAGGCUGCGGGGAAGUUUGGCCAGGAGGACACGGAGUCCUUGGGGAAGAAAACCGGCGGGGUAGGGGGCAUUAAGUCUCCCAGCCCCAAGCUGAGUCACCGGGCAGAAUGACAGUGAGACUUGGGCACCCUCACCUGUGGGCCUGUUUCUUCUCCAGCUCAGGAGAUCCAGAGAGCACCUGUCUACAGGGUGGGGCCGGCUCCUUGUUGUCCCGGGCUGGGCCCCUUGCGGGGAGGGCGGGAACAGCCGGGCCAGCGGUGACCACAGGGAGGGAAGAGGAGAGGAGGUCAGAGGACCUGGGUGAGGACUGGAGCGUCGAGGGCAUGUGUGUGUGUGGCUGGGAGUGCUUUCUGUACUUUUCUUCAUUAAAGCAUUACGCUAAUAACACAGGCAAA